AUACACAGCUUUCCAAUGGAGCACACAUCUGACCUCCUCCGCCUCAUAAGUCUCUAUCGGUUUGGAGGCAUCUAUUUAGACAUGGAUAUUAUUGUCCUGAAGAGCUUAGAGAAAUUACCCCUGAACUAUGUGGGAGCUGAAUCUAACUAUUCCCUGUGCAAUGCUGUUAUUGGUUUAGCAGCCGAUGGAAUAGGUCAUGAAGUUGCUGAACUAUUUUUAGAGCGAUAUGUAAAAUAUUUCAAUGGGAAAGCUUAUGCACAAAAUGGACCAGCUCUUGUGACAGCCGUUCUGUUGAAAUUUUGUGGUACCAGCCUCAUGAAGGCGAUGGAAGACGGUCGUAAGAGCUGCAAGGGUUUUCGACUAUUUAAUACGACUGCAUUCUAUUCAAUUCCUUGGCAAGAGUGGAGGCAUUUCACUGAGCCCAGGUACCUGGAGGAAACUAUGGAAAGAACUAAGGAUUCAUUAAUGAUACACAUAUGGAACAUUGCGUCCAGGAGAGAGCGCAUCAAAGUCGACUCCAAUAUUGCCUAUGUAAAGUAUGCGGAAAAAUACUGUCCCAGGACGUAUGCGGUAGCUGGUGAUUACUUUUAA